UCAAAACUAUACAAAAACAACAUCAAUGACAACCUCAUUUUCUCUCAUUCAUGAUUGUCUUCCUGUUGGAUUCAGAUUCCAUCCAACAGAUCAAGAGCUUGUAAACUACUAUCUCAGAAACAAGUUACUUGGCAAUGAAGAGUUUGUUAACAAUGUCAUAGCUGAAGUUGAUGUAUUCAAGUUUAAACCUUGGGAUUUACCAGCUCAUUCAGUGAUAAGAUCCGAUGACUCGGAAUGGUUUUUCUUGUGUCCUCGCAAUUACAAGUAUCAAAGGUGUAAUAAGUUUAAGAGAGGAACAGAGUUUGGAUUUUGGAAAGCUACUGGAAAAGAUCAUUCGGUUAAGAUUAGAGGAACUGAUGAAGUUAUUGGGACGAAGAAAACUCUUGUUUACUACCUUGCUCCUCAUCCUGGUGUUAAAACCAAUUGGGUUAUUCGUGAGUACCAUGAUGUUGUCACAUUUGAUGAUAAUACACAGAGGACUUUUGUUUUAUGUCGCUUGAUGAAAAAAGCCGAGAUAAAAGGCGAAGAGGAAAAUGAUACAAUGAUGUGUGAUGAAGGGGAGCCUAGCAGACAAAUGACACCCUCAUUUCCUCCCAUUCUUCAUUAUGUUGGAUUCAGAUUUUGUCCAACAGGUGAAGAGCUAGUUAAUCACUACCUUAGAAAUAAGUUGCUUGGUAAUGACGCCAUUGUAAACAAUGUUAUAGCUGAAGUUGAUAUUCGCAAGUUCGAACCAUGGGAAUUACCAGCUCGUUCGGUGAUAAAAUCUGAUGACCAAGAAUGGUUUUUCUUGUGCCCUAUUGAAUACAAGUAUGCAAAGAGUAAAAGGUUUAAAAGGACAACUAAUAAUGGUUUUUGGAAAGCUACUGGAAUGGACCGUAACAUUAGGAUUAGGGGUACCAAUGAAGUUAUUGGGAUUAAGAAGACUCUUGUUUACCAUGAGAAUCAUGUUCCUGGUGUUAAGACCAAUUGGAUCAUUCAUGAGUAUCAUGAUGUCACCUUAGAGGAUUCCCAGGUUUGUUUUGUUACAUUAAGGUUUUAACUUUUAAUGCUUU